AUGGCUGAGAACCUGGGGAAGGAUCAUGUUGUGAGGGCAGAGUUUCUUAAUCAACAUCAAUACAGAAUUGGUGGGAAUACAAGUAAGAUCUUCCAAGAUAAGGCGAAAAGUGAUGGUUCUAAUUCCAACAUUCAAGCAUCUGACAAUGGAUCUGCUUUAUUGAACUCAACACCUCCGAUGAUAACAAAAGCUUUGAUUAAUCUGUAUCCAUAUUUGAUAAUUUUAGAUAAAGUGUUAACUAUAUUAACGUGGUCAUCCUCAGAUAUAUGGCCCAGUGUCCUGAUGUGUUUGGUAUAUCUGAUAUUCCUAUUAUACUUACAUCCAAUUGUGAAGUACCUUGGUCAUAUCAUCAUUGUAACAUUAUUGUUCGGUUAUUGUAAGCUGGAUAAAUAUAUCAAUGGAGCUGUUAGUCAAAGGGCUUCAUUAGAAGAUAUCACCAUUAUAAUGGAGCGUGUCUCAUUGAAAUUUGAUUUACUGCUCUCACCUUUGACACGUCUCACUUUACAAGACAUUGAAAGACUUAUGCUAACGACGAUAUUACUAUCUCCAAUUCAUAUUCUACUAAUAUCUCUCCUAAUGUCCCCUCAAAGAUAUGUUUUAACCAUCGGAAUAUUUGCAUUAACCUACCACUCUCCAUGGGCAAAAGUGACAAGAAGACUACUAUGGAAAUUCAAAUUUAUAAGAAAGUUUGUAUUCUAUAUGACAGGGCUAGAUAUGGGAGGAAUCAGCACAUUAAGAAGGGCAUCAUCUGCUUUAUUGAUCAAAAAGAAGGUUGAAGAAACUAUAGAAAAUGAUGACACCGACAAGCCAAUCAAGUUCACUUACGUUUUGUAUGAAAAUCAAAGAAAAUGGCUCGGUAUUGGAUGGAAACCAAAUAUGCUGGGGUAUGAGCGUACUUCUUGGACUGACGAAUUUUUGAAUGAGGCUCCCAUGCCAAAAGAUUUCCAAUUACCUGAAGAGAAAACUUCAAUGAAGUGGAAAUGGGUUGAUGCAAACUGGAAAUUAGACUUGACUAAUGAUGGUGCCAUUCCAGUCACCGGUGCAACCAAAACAAACGAAAAUCCUGGUAUAGAUGACGGAUUCAUAUAUUAUGAUAAUGGAUGGAACAAACCUUCAGCUCAUGAGAGCUUUUCUAAAUACACAAGACGUAGAAGAUGGAUUAGGACUGCGGAGUUAGUCAAUGAUGAUACACACAAAGAAGGCGCCCCUUCCAAUACAGAGGAUAUUUCUGCAGUACUUUCAGAAGAAGCAUCUGAAGACACUCACUACGAGCCUGAAGUUCUAACAAAAGUCCGCAAUAGAUCAGUUGCUAGCCAUCACUCCAAAUAA